UCUCUCCUCUCUCUCUCUCUCUCUCUAUCGAGCAAUGACGAAGACAAAGGAGCUAGCGUCGUCGUCCUCGGCGAUGAGGGGUACUUUUACUCGCAGUAGAUCGGAGAUCUUUCUCCACCGGACCCGAUCCGGCCGAAUCCGAUCCGAUCCGAAACGACGCCAUCAAGCUCCAACUCCACAUGUUGAGGUCAAAACUCACAACUCGGUGAAGGAUCUCCGAUCGAAAAGGAUCUUCUCCGUUCAAAAGCCCAAGAUCGAGAUCAGCAUCGAUGAGAAGAGUGGAUCUGAUGAUCUCGAGAUCUCAAAGGGUUCGAUGCAGGUUACAGUCCCUCAUCUUGAUACAAACAGCGAUUUUGAUGGAGGAAAAAGGGUUAGGGUUUCUGAAAAGACGAACUCCGGCAAUUCACCUGAAAAUAUAAUGGGGUUUUCAUCAUGUUCAAAGUUGAAGCUUAUUGAGAAUCCAACUUCGAUUAAUUAUAGACGAUUACUGCCCUUCCUUAAGGACAUAACCAAGGAUGGCUCAAGUGGCAUUGAAGUCAUUCGCUCCCAUAAAUUCUCAGUAAAAGUUGAAAACCCCAUGAAAGAAAUGCCACCUUUGCUCACUCCGUCAUCUGAAAAACAAAAUCAUGCUGCACCCUUGGCAGAUUCCCCCAUGAUAAAUUCCCAUGGAAAUGUUGAUCGUGACAAAAAUCAAGUACUACAAGACCGUAAUCUUGAUGCCCAUGUGGAGAUUGUCAAGAAACCUAUGAAGGUCGAAUCACCCACUUCAUGCGGGGGGAGUAAAAUGCUAUCCGAGGUUACUACUAAAGAGGAGGUAAAUGAAAACAACAUGGAUGAGCUCAAAAGACGGGACCACGAAAUAGCAAACAAAGAGAAAGAUGGAAGUGAUGCUGAAAAGUUGAAGGUGUCUGAAAAUUGCAGAGAGGAUAUAGUUCAGAGCACGCCACCAGAUGCUGAGUUGACCAGAAAACUUGAUGGCACGGAAUUUGGGAGUGGAAGAACCAUUUCGCCUUUGAAAUCAGCAUUGAAGAAUACAUCCAGGAAUUAUACGGGGCUUGUUUCUUGCUCGAGGUCAAAAUUGUAUCGGAAUCCAAGCUCCUUCAACUAUAGAAGACUUCUACCAUAUCUUUCGGAUCUAGCCAAACAUGAAUCAAGUGGCUUGGAAAUUAUAGAUUCCAAAAAUAUAAAAGUUGAAAAUAGCAUUGAGGAAAGGUCUCCAAUGUCAAAUGACACCCCUUUACCGAGAAAGCAUAACAGUCCUGUACUCCUGGUAGAUUCUCCACCUUCACAUUUGCAACAAAAUGAAAACUUGGAGAUGAACCAUGUUCCAGAAAAUCCUGGUUUAGAUUCUGAAGGAGAUACUCAGAAUCCUGUUACAAAAGAAUCCAAUUCAUGCAGCAAAAGCAAACUGCAAAUAUUUGGCGAUACAAGUGGCACUCCUCCUGAAAGAUCAGAUUUUGAGUUUGAGAUGUUAUGGAAAUCAUCCUCUACUCCUACAAUUCCUGAAGGUUUGUCAUUCAGAGAACUGUCUGGCAGCAUGCUAGAGUUCUCACACUCACCCAUGGAAACUGUUGAUAGACCAUAUAAAAAUGUGUCUCAGUUUGAAGUCCCUAGCAGUGCCAUGAAUCGAGCCCUUGCUCCUAAAAAGGGCAUCUUGAAAAAGCAGCCAAGAGGAUGUAAAGGGAUUUGUAUGUGUUUAGAUUGUUCGUCAUUCCGUGUCCAUGCAGAAAGGGCUUAUGAAUUUUCAAGGAAGCAGAUGUCAGAUGCUGAUGAGGUGGUAGAACAGUUAAUCAAGGAAUUAUCCUGCUUGCGGAAUAUAGUGGAGAGAUCUGUUGUGCCAGUGGUUGAUGGUCCUGGAAGCUAUACUGUUCUUCCAAUCAGUCAGGAGCAAGUAAAAGGACUUUCUCAAAGAACCUUCAGAGUGGAAGAACAAGCAAGAAAUCGUAUGAGGCAAAUGUUCUGCAAUCUGAAUGCUCACUGCAGAAUUCCGGGGCCAAAGGUAACUUUUUCAGACUCCGUCAACAAGAGGAACAUCCCAUAGAUCCAAAGCGAGGCACUAGUAGGCAUUAAGCGAAGUAGAGAAACCAGCUUCCUUGUACUGUGUUACAAAGUCUACAAACACUGAAGCAGUUGGCUUUUAUUCAGUGUCCAAGCCUCUGUACCUGUCUAAAUUUUGUAUAUCAUACUCGUCUUUUUCGUUGUUUUUAUUAUUUGUACUUCUAGACUUCUCAUAUUUUUGUGCCUGUAAUGGCAAAAGAAAGCAUGGUAGGAUUAAGGGUCUCAAAGCGAAACCAAAGCGUAUAAAAGCGCUCAAUGAUGAUCAGAUUGAAAAGAAGAGAGCAGAUUGGUAAUUGCGAUCGGAGAACGUGUAGUUCUUAAGGAGGAUGAUAGAAAGUGUAUUUGGCAAUAAACAAGCUUAAUGUAGAGACAUCAAAAACAAUAGCAGUGAACUAAGUUAGGUUACAAAUGUGAUACAAUUUUGUUGCUAAGAUAA